AUGAAAACGGCCAUCUCCGUGUACAAACCGGUCAAGUUCGUUGCCGACUUGACUGACUGUGCAACACUAGGAGACUUGGUCAACACCAUUAAGACCAUUGAGCCUACAGUUCUGGGUGUCGACGACGGUCUAGAAUACUUUGCCGCGAGUCUACUGGGCCCGCAGUCCUCAGCUGGUAUAGCAGCUACAAUCCAGCAUGGGAAGCACCUCAGUGGUCUCGGGUACAAUGCACAUUCCCCGUUGCCGACCAUCAACCAUUCACAACUUCACAUUGUGGCAACCCCCCAACCUGAAUACACUCUUAGCGUGUUGUUACUCAGUCCAAGCAGUGGUAGGAGCGACCUUUGGACGAAUAUUGAUGUGGCGAUGAAUGACCAAGUCAUUCACCUGAAAAAGCACAUUCGGGGCCAUCUGGGACUUUUGGAGAGUUGUCAGAUGAUUCUUUACAAAGGCCGCCACCUAGAAGACUCUGCCUAUCUUUUUGAAGAGGGUAUUUGCGAAAACUCCACGGUGACGGUUGCUAUCAAGGUAGAAGUCGGUUUCCGGUACAAACAAACUGUGAAACCCAUCGUUUCUGCUCAGAGUGCGACGCUGCUGGACCUCUUGAAAUCGUUUGCGGAAGAGCAAAAGUUGGACAUCUUGACUUUGUGUUUUGUCUUUGUCAACCCUUCAGGUACAGUUGCAAAUUGUGCAAAGGGCUGGCUUCCCGACCGAACGCAGCUUUUCAAAGCCAAAGAAGUGAGCGGCACAGUCAGGGACAAUGGCAUCAUGCAAGGAAACGAGAUUCAAGUGUAUGAACGAAACGCGAAACGCAAACGAGUCUGUUUCGACUCCGACUUCGACCCUGAGGCCGACCGCGACUGCGACGUCGACGACGACGAAACCUCAGACGAGGACGGUGCAGACGCCAUUCACAGCGGAAGACGCCAGAGGAUUGCGACAAGGUUUGGAUUGAGAUGGAGAUCUUGA